CACACACACACACACACGCGGACUACUCCUCUGCUCGACUCGACUGCAGUCGCCGCCGCCGUCCAUGGCCGCGCCCCCUCCCGCGUCUUCGUCGUCCUCCUCCUCCUCAACCUGACAGGCAGCGCAGCGCGACAAACGCGAGGUGAGCUCCCGCCUGUCUGUCACUCGUCUGCUCUGUUCCUGCCCGAUUGGGGAUCGAAUCAUCCGUUUCAAUCUGCGUGUGGAUCCAGGGCAUGCUCCUUCCUUCACUCCAGGCCCUCUCUCUAGCUAAUAAUAUGUGCCCGGAAAUUGCUGGAGAUUAACCGGCUCGCCGCCUUGUCUGCUACUGCCCCCCUUUUAGCCGCCGGCAGCUCCAUUCGAGGAGACGAUUCAUUCCGCUCCGUCUCAACCACUUGCUCUUCUCUGUGUUUUUUGCGUUUUGUUUUCUUGAUUUGAUUCGGUGGCCCGCCGUCGACGAACGCACGCACGCACGCCGGAUGCGACCGAGGCCGCCUCCUCCUAGCGCCAUGGACCGUCAUCACCACCAGCAGCAGCAGCAGCCGCCGUCGCCUCAAGGGGACCAUGCCGCCCAGCCGCGCUGCUGGGAGGAGUUCCUCCACAGGAAGACCAUCCGGGUCCUGCUCGUGGAGACCGACGACUCCACCCGGCAGGUCGUCACCGCCCUGCUCCGCCACUGCAUGUACCAAGUUAUCCCUGCUGAAAACGGCCACCAGGCGUGGGCGUAUCUCCAGGACAUGCAGAGCAACAUCGACCUUGUUCUGACAGAGGUCUUCAUGCACGGCGGUCUCUCCGGGAUCGACCUGCUCGGCAGGAUCAUGAACCACGAGGUCUGCAAGGACAUCCCCGUCAUCAUGAUGUCGUCGCACAAUUCGAUGGGCACGGUCCUCAGUUGCCUGUCAAAUGGUGCUGCUGACUUCUUGGCCAAGCCGAUACGUAAGAACGAGCUUAAGAACCUUUGGGCGCAUGUGUGGAGACGCUCUCACAGCUCCAGUGGCAGUGGUAGUGGAAGUGCCAUUCAGACGCAGAAGUGUACCAAAUCAAAGAGCGCUGACGAUUCCAAUAAUAACAGCAAUAACCGCAACGACGAUGCCAGCAUGGGGCUCAAUGCAAGGGAUGGCAGCGAUAAUGGUAGUGGCACUCAGAGCUCAUGGACAAAGCGUGCCGUUGAGAUCGACAGUCCACAGGACAUGUCUCCGGAUCAGUCAGUUGAUCCUCCUGAUAGCACUUGCGCGCAUGUGAGCCACCUCAAGUCAGAGAUAUGCAGCAAUAGAUUAAGAGGUGAUGAGUUCAAAGGGAAGGAGCUGGAGAUAGGUGCCCCUGGUAAUUUGAACACAGAUGAUCAAUCCUCCCCGAACGAGAGUUCGGUCAAACCAACAGAUAAUGGACGGUGUGAGUAUCUGCCACAGAACAACUCCAACGAUACAGUUAUGGAAAAUUCGGAUGAGCCAAUUGUUCGAGCUGCUGACCUAAUCGGUUCGAUGGCCAAAAACAUGGACGCCCAACAGGCAGCUAGAGCAAUAGAUGCUCCUAACUGCUCCUCACAAGUGCCGGAAGGGAAAGACGCCGACCGUGAGAACGCCAUGCCAUAUCUUGAGCUGAGCCUAAAGAGGUCGAGAUCGACCACGGAGGGUGCGGAUGCGAUCCAGGAGGAACAGAGGAACGUCGUGAGACGAUCAGACCUCUCGGCAUUCACGAGGUACAAUACGUGCUCGUUCUCCAAUCAAGGCGGGGCAGGGUUCGUCGGGAGCUGUUCGCCCACGUGACUGCCAAGCGUUCAUAACGUCUUGGUUCUAUGGGAUGGGUGCUUCACCUAGCGGUCCUUCUAGGACAUAUGCUUUCUUGGCAGCUAUGAGGAUGAUCCUCAGGUUCCGGACCCAGUCUGAAUAGUUGCUGCCAUCAUCUUUCAGCUUGGUUUUCUCUAGGAACGCGUUGAAGUUGAGGUUGACAUGAGCGUUGGCCAUUUGAUCUACAAGA